UAAUAACUGAAAUUCUCACCAGGUUUUCAGUAGCCUCACUUAACUGCUGUGCUCUCAUAAUUGCUUUUGAAAAGGUUUUCUGGCUUCAAAGAAAUCAAAUCAAAUUUACCAAGCGAAUUGAAAUCUCCAGGCUGCCGUCCUUCUAGAAGCUCUAAACACUUAAAAGAAGGUUUCAGUUUCCUUCUGUUUAUAUUUUCUUAAGAGCUGUUUUGUGCAGUUUGGCCUCUUCUUUCCUGGAAUGGAACAAAGCAUCGAACAAACAACAGAGAUCCUCUUGCAUCUGUCACCCAUUGAAGUUGCCAAUCUGAAGGAAGGAAUCAAUUUUUUUCGAAAUAAGAACACUGGCAAAGAUUACAUCCUCUACAAGAAUAAGAAUCACCUGCGGGCAUGCAAGAAUAUGUGCAAGCAUCAAGGAGGCCUGUUCAUAAAAGACAUCGAGGAUUUAGAUGGAAGGUCUGUUAGAUGCACAAAACACAACUGGAAGUUAGAUGUGAGCACCAUGAAGUAUAUCAACCCCCCAAGCAGCUUCUGUCAAGAUGAACUAGUUGUUGAAAUGGAUGAAGAAAAUGGACUUUUACUUCUAGAACUGAAUCCUCCUAACCCCUGGGAUUCAGAACCCAGAGCUCCGGAACAUUUGGCUUUUGGAGAAGUACAGAUAACAUACCUCGCUCACGCCUGUAUGGACCUCAAGCUGGGAGACAAGAGGAUGGUGUUCGACCCCUGGUUAAUAGGUCCUGCCUUUGCCCGGGGAUGGUGGCUGCUGCACGAGCCUCCCUCUGAUUGGCUGGAGAGGCUGUGCCAGGCAGACCUAAUUUACAUCAGUCAUAUGCACUCGGACCAUCUCAGCUACCCGACACUGAAGAAGCUUGCUGAGAGAAGACCAGAUAUUCCCAUUUAUGUUGGAAACACGGAAAGACCUGUAUUUUGGAAUCUGAAUCAGAGCGGUGUCCAGUUGACUAAUAUCAAUGUAGUGCCAUUUGGAAUAUGGCAGCAGGUAGACAAAAAUCUUCGAUUCAUGAUCUUGAUGGAUGGCAUUCAUCCUGAGAUGGACACUUGCAUUAUUGUGGAGUAUAAAGGUCAUAAGAUACUUAAUACAGUGGACUGCACCAGACCCAAUGGGGGAAGGUUGCCUGAGAAGGUUGCUCUAAUGAUGAGUGAUUUUGCUGGAGGAGCAUCAGGCUUUCCAAUGACUUUCAGUGGUGGAAAAUUUACUGAGGAAUGGAAAGCCGAGUUCAUUAAGACAGAAAGGAAGAAGCUCUUGAACUACAAAGCCCGGCUGGUGAAGGACCUACAACCUCGAAUCUAUUGUCCCUUUGCUGGGUAUUUUGUGGAAUCCCAUCCAUCAGACAAGUAUAUUAAGGAAACAAACAUCAAAAAUGACCCAAAUGAGCUUAAUAAUCUUAUCAAGAAAAACUCUGAUGUGAUAACAUGGACCCCACGACCUGGAGCCACUCUUGAUCUGAGUAGGAUGCUAAAGGACCCAACUGACAGCAAGGGCAUCAUAGAGCCUCCAAAUGGGACAAAAAUUUACAAGGAUUCCUGGGACUUUGGACCAUAUUUGAAAGUCUUGAAUGCUGCAGUAGAAGAUGAAAUAUUUCUUCACUCAUCCUGGAUAAAAGAAUAUUUCACUUGGGCAGGAUUUAAGGAUUAUAACCUGGUGGUCAGGAUGAUUGAAACAAAUGAGGACUUCAGCCCUUUUCCUGGAGGAUAUGACUAUUUGGUUGACUUUUUAGAUUUAUCCUUUCCAAAAGAAAGACCAAGCCGGGAGCACUCGUAUGAGGAAAUUCGGAGCCGGGUUGAUGUCAUCAGAUAUGUGGUGAAAAAUGGUCUACUCUGGGAUGACUUGUAUAUAGGAUUCCAAACCCGGCUGCAGCGGGAUCCUGACAUAUACCAUCAUCUGUUUUGGAACCAUUUUCAAAUAAAACUCCCUCUAAUGCCGCCCAACUGGAGGUCCUUCUUGAUGCACUGUGGGUAGAGCAGAUCUGAGUUCCCCAGUUCACAGAGAUGCCAAAAAAACAGAAAAUUCAAGAAUUUACUGACGCUACAUCUUGAUCACAGGAAGCUUAUACUAAAGAAUCACCUUGCGGACAUCAAUGAUGGAUAAUUACACGUUGGAUUUGCGAGAUGUUCACAUAUCUUAUGUUUGUGGGUCACUACAUAGCUGAAUUUAUGAAUGAAUUUAUGAAUUUAUGAUUUAUGAAUUUAUGUUUUACUUAUUCUAUACCCGAUUCUCUGUAAAAGAACCGAUGACCCUACAGGAACAGAUUGUCUGUGGGAAGAAGAUGUGAACCCAGGCAUUGAAGAAAUAGAACAAGAAGAGACAAUUCUCUAGAGGACAAUGAGGAAACCAGAAAGGAAUAAGAGAGCAAAAGUUGGGUUAGAAAAAGAGAAGAAAGAAGAGAAAUAGAUAAAUGAAUGACCAUGGGAAGAGAACAGGAAGGAGGAAAAACCUAAAAUAGAAUUAUGAAAGGAGCAUAUACUAAUAGACAUUUUGUUCCUGUAAGAGAUUGAUUCCUAUAAUAGGGUCCAUUAAAAGAAUUGGGUAAACAGAGCUCAUAAGCUGUUUUCAGUUUUUUAGAAAGCUUUGUUGGAAUCAUGCAUUUGUCAAAACAAGGCUGCAGAAGCUCCGUUCCAAGGUAAAAUUUCAUUGGGACUGAAAUGAUUUUGAUUCAGGCACAGAAUUAGUCAUUUCAUGCAGCUUAUAAAUUCUAACCAAUGAAAAGAUCUUUGAUUAAUAAAAAUAUGAAUACUAACUAGCAAUAAAGUAAGUUUUAUAGACAAAAAUCUUUCAAAAUCAGAAAAAUCAACAAUAAAAAUCUAUACCUUGAAAAAAUUGAGAAAUCCUCUUUUGAACAUGUAAAAACAUUGUUUCAAUGGCUAAGAUAGGCAACUAAUUUGUUUCUAGUACUGUCUGUAGUUUUUGAUGAUAUUUGCAUGAUUAGGGCACAGCCAUUCAAAUUUAUCCCUAGAAAAUGUGAUAGUUAACAAGGGUUCUAUUUUAUAUGUUGAUGUUUUCUAGUACAACACACACACACACACCUCAUUAAUUGAACAUCAACAUUGAUUUUCUGAAUAUAUAUACUACCUCUUUAAUUCAGAAGAUAUGAGAAUCCAGUGGUCGAAUUAAUCUCCUUAAAUAUCUAAAUUCACACUUGGUUAUGAAAAUGAUGAUCUGUUUCUCAUUAAGAUUAAUACCAAUGAUAUUCCAUUACUCUGGUUUACCUCACUCAUUAUACUUAGGCACAUUUCACAGAAAUACUUGUAAUUCAGGAAUUGUAUUUUGUGAUUUACACUAUGUGGUUAAUUAUUCAAUUACUAAUGAAAAUUAAUAUAUAUAUAUAUGUAUGUUAAAAUGUUUAUGAUGAGCAAAUAAAGACCAUUUUAAAAUGUGAA